AUGUUGAACCAUCAGCUUGAAGAAGCUGCCAUGAGAAGUAGUCUGAUUCAACAUAUUGUUGCCAUUGGCCAGGAUCAAAGACGACUUGGGGCUAUAAUUGUUCCGAACAAAGAAGAGACUUUAGUGGCUGCAAAACAGUUGUCUGUCUUGGAUUCUGAUGCCUCUGAACUUAGCAAGGAAAAAAUGUCUACGCUGUUGUAUGACGAGCUGAGGAAAUGGUAA